GCGUUCGCUAAGGGGCGGAGCCUCACCGCUCUUGAGGGCCAUAGUUGAGCGGAGUCGCUUUUUGCCGUCCUUGGCCGCUAUUGGAAAUCAACGGCCACCAUUUCCUACUCGCAGCAUGCUGUUGGCUCUGAGCGGCCGGUGGGCAGCAGGCCUAUGGCCCGGCCAGACGAGGACGACGUGGUGUGUGGCUGCCGCCCUCCGAGGUUCCGGGAUCGCCUGGCGUGCGGCCUCGCGAGCCAAGCCCGCACCGCUGCGGAGCGGCGGGCUCCUGCCGCUAGCCGAGCCUUACGGGCCACCGGGGAGAGCGCAGAUACCUGUUUGCUGGGGACAGUGUGUCCGCUGCUUACAUACACAAGUUGAUAAACCAGAAGAUGGCAGGCUCAUUUAUACUGGAAACCUGGCCCGAACGAUAUUUGGUGUGAAAUGUUUCUCUUAUUCUACAAGUAUGGUCAGCCUUGCAUUCUUACCAUACCUUCUCUCACAAAGUACUGUGAUGUUUGGAAGUCUGCCUUUGCAAGUCUUAUUUUAUGGCGUCAUGGGAAGCUUCACAGUGGUCACUCCCACGCUGCUUCACUUUCUUACAAAAGGCUAUGUCAUCCGGUUGUACCACGAAGCCACAACGGACACUUACAGAGCCAUUACUUACAAUGUUGUGCUUUCGGAAACCAGCACAGUGUUUCACCAAGAUGACGUGACAGUUCCAGAGAGUGCACAUGUAUUCACCACCUUUUAUGCUAAAACAAAAUCACUAUUAGUUAAUCCAGCUCUUUUUUUAAACCCUGAAGACUAUAACCAUCUAAUGGGUUAUGACAAACCAUUCACUUUUGAUAUGGAAGAAGUCAAUGAAAAGAAACUGCAUGAGGGUGAAAAAUGAACCUGUUGUUAGUUUGUGCUUAAAUGUCAUGUAUUUUCAGGGUAUAAUAAGAUUGCCUUUAUUUUGUUAUUGUUAGUGAAUGAUUGUAAAAACAAACCAAACCAAAAGUGUAAGGGCUGAGGACUUAGCAGUGGGUACUGUGUUUGCUAUAGGUGAGGCCUCGGAUUGACCGUCAUAUAACCAGGUCUGCCUUUGUACACUUACAAUCCCAGCACGUGGGAGAGGGAGGGAGGAAUAUCAGAAAUUUGAGGUUAUCCUUGGUAAUGCAGUAGGUUUGUGGUCAGCCUGGACCUUGCCUUAAAAACAGAUGUAGAAACUAUGAAGCAGAAUUUCUUAAAAAUUUUUACAUGACAAUGUUUCUAUGUAAUAAAAUAUGUGUAAUUAAGAAUAAGUAAUUUUUGUUUAAAAUGUGGAUGGUCAUGUAUAUUCUGGUAUAUGUAUGGCUACAUUUAUUUACUUAUAUUUUGUUUUUAGACAGAAUCUUACUAUGUAGACCAGUCUGACCUUGCAUUCAUAGAGAUCUGCUUCUGCGUGUGCCACCACAUCUGAGCCGUGUAUGGAUGAUAUGAACAGUUGCAUCAGAACCAGAGAGGUGGCUCAGUGCUUAAGAGCACUGACCUCUUCCAGAGGUCCUGAGUUCAAUUCCCAGUGACCACAUGGUGGCUCACAAUCAUCCAUAAGGGGAUCUAAUGUCCACUUCUGGUGUGUGGGUAUAUGUGCAGCCGAGCACUCAUACAUUAAAUAAAUCUUUAUUUAUUUAAAGACACGCCACCA